AACCCGCCAUAGAAGCCACAAUGGCGCCCAAUUUCCACAUCGAGCUUGAGAGUCUGCCAGUCGAUCGCUCAUCUGAGUUUCAUCAANAAGUGGUGGAUGGUAUUGAGGAUUUGUUACUUGUGCUGGCUGAAGAUGGUCGCGUUAUGUAUGCCUCACCAAAGAGCUUGUCGCUCAUCCAGGUCAAACCUGAAGCUCUUGUUGGACAUUACAUCAGCACAUAUAUGAAUGUCGAUGACAUCCCAGUGUUUCUCAUAGAGUGGAAGGAAAACAUGGCACUGGGAUCUUCUUGGAGAACUCACCACCGACUACGACAAGGGGAUGAUACCUACAAACCUUUUGAAUCGACAUAUAAACCAUAUACAGACAUGGUGGUCGAUGACGAGACUGGCUCAAAGACAAGCACCAAGCUGUGCUUGAUGACCUCACGGCCUGGUCAAGAGCCAACUAAUAACGAACAAAUAGCUCUCCNNUCAAACUUGGAGGUCCCACCGGCCACUCGUUCCGAAACGGGAUCAGCAAUUUCUUCUCGCAGGAGAAGUCUCUCUGAAUCAACAACGUCCACCAAACCACAGGUGGAUUCUGUGGUGGGCGACAUAGGAAUUGAAAUCGCUACUUCACGCCUGCAGACGAUGAGAGNNGAAACCGGUGCCUGGACAGCCAAGCCACGCACGAAGAAACGAAAACAAGAGCUCUGCCUGGAGCACCUGUGUAAGGAAUGCGGCACUACCGAAUCACCAGAAUGGCGAAGAGGGCCUCUUGGUUCAAAAACACUUUGCAACGCUUGUGGAUGUGAGUAUUCGUGGUCCGAUAAAAUGAGAUUGGCCUCUGAUUGUUCAUUAUCCAGUACGUUGGUCGAAAGUUCAAAAGGAGUCCACCUCUUCUCACUUAGGGCUCCAAUCUUCGCAAUGACUGCUGGUGAAAUUGGUUCUUUGGUUGAA